UAAGAUAUUUUAAGAUAUGGAAGAGCUUAUUGAAAAAGCACAAGAAUUUUUCAACCAGAUAGCGCAGAAACCGUUGGAGGUUUAUAGAAUAGAGCAGUUUGAGCCAAAGCAUGUGCCUGAAGAGACCUACGGCCAGUUUUAUAAUGGAGAUUCUUAUGUGAUAGUCAAGCAUAAUGAGAAGGAAAAUGAUUAUGAUAUCCAUUACUGGCAUGGAGAAAAUGCUACCAUGGAUGAAGAAGCUAGCGCUGCUGCCCUCUCAGUCCAGAUUUCUGAUCACUUAACUGGUGCUUCAAGACAUCACCUUGAAUUGCAGGGAGAGGAGUCUCAACUGUUCAUGUCUUACUUCAAAGAUUCAGCUGUCACCUAUUUGCAAGGUGGUGUAGAGAGUGGAUUCAAGCAAACCAAAUUUAGAGAGCAUGUUCCUAGACUUCUCCAAGUCAAGGGAAAGAAGUAUCCAAGAGUUUGGACAUUUGAGCCAGAUGCUAGCAUUCUCAAUGAAGGAGAUGUUUUCAUCCUCGAUCAUGAGUCUAAGCUGUUCUUUUGGCCAGGAACUGAAUCUAACGUAUCCGAAAGAAUGAGAUCAAUCUCAGUGAUUCAGCAUAUAAAAACUUUUGACUAUCUCAGUAAAGCCAAAAUAUAUUAUCCAAGGGAUGACCAAGAAGCUGAAGCUGAGUUCUGGGAGGCUUUGGGAGGAAAGCCUGAUUCAAUAAAGCCUGCAGUCACUGAUGACCUUGAAGAUACUCAAAACAAAGAGUUAUUUCACCAUAGACUCUUUAGAGUUUGUGAGACCUCUGAUAGCUUAGUAGUUGAAGAGGUCGAAGAAAGACCACUCAAAAGAUCUCAUCUAGAAUCAGACAAUGUGUUCAUUCUUGAAUUGGAGAAAGCCAUCUAUGUUUGGUGUGGUAAAGAAGCCAGCCAGGAAGAAAAGAAUAAGGCCUUCAAGACUGCGAGGAGCUUCAUCAAAGACAACAACAAGCCAAAAGGAACUUCUGUGGUAAAGGUUCCUGAAAGGAGCGAAGACUCUGUUUUCAAGUCAUUCUUCUCAGACUUUUACUGUUUCCAAGCCAUCAACUUUGAAAGCGAAGUGUCUGCAACUGACCAGAUGGAGGAACUGUACCUAAACAAGCAGAUGAGCAAUGUUGAGGUUAACAUUGGAGUUGCCUCCUUUAUCAAAACCUACAUUGUUGAAGACGAGAAGCUUGUUGAACUUGAUGAAGAAGAAAACGGUAUCUUCUAUGAAAACAACGUCUACGUAAUCGACGUCAAAGAUUCUUCAGAAAGAAGGUAUCUCUAUCUCUGGGUGGGCACAAAAAAGACUCUCCAUGAAUUCCAGCACUGUGAAAAGUACUUUGGUGAACUCACUGAAAACUCUAUUGGAGAUGAUACAGUCAGAGUAAGAAUGAGAAAAGGUAAAGAGUCUUCCAAGUUCCUUGCUCUCUUUGAAAGAGGAGUCGUAAUUCAAGAAGGUGGUCGGAAUGAAGAAAAUGUCAACAAGCAGAUCUACUGUAUCUAUUCUCCUUUUGGUAAGGAGCCAAAGGCAAUUGAGUUAAAUACAUUUGAUAAUCUGUACCUGAACUCUGGAAAUGUCUACUACCUCAUCACUCCUGACAACACUAAGUUGUACAAAUGGAUCGGGAAUGGAAGUAACGAUAAGGAAAAAGAAUUUGCACCAAAGAUAUUGCUCGAAGGAAAAGAGGUAAUCGAAACGAAUGAAGGAGAAGAGACCGAAGAAUUCUGGCAGACCUUCUUUGACCAAGACACAAAGCCUGAAGGGCUUUGUGUCUAUCAGAAGAAGUCUACAGAUAUCCGUUCUAUCGAACCAAGACUUUUCCUAGUCUCCAACGAAGGAGGUUCCUUCCAAGUUGAAGAAAUCUAUAACUUUGGUCAAGAGGAUCUUGACCAUGAAGAUAUUAUGAUCCUUGAUGCUUAUGACACCCUCUUCAUCUGGAUGGGCAACGAAAGCAAUGCCUUUGAACAGAAGAAAGGAAUGGAGCUAUGCUCAUUUUACAUUGAAAUGUGUGUCAACAAUGGCAGAGAGAAUGAGCUAAACAUUGAAGAGAUCACCGAAGGAAAUGAAUCUGCUUUCUUCAAAUCUUUCUUCCCAGAUUGGGACGACACUAACUUCCAAAAGUCAGGUGACAAGCUCAAGGAGUUAAGCAUGGAGGUUCUCAAAAAUCUUGAAGAGGCUAAGGCAGAGACUUACUAUACCUUCCCUGAAUCUGACUUCGAAGGUUAUGAGCAUCCUAGAGACCAUAAGUACACUAAAGAGCAGAUUAAUGAGAAGCCACCUCAGAUCAGAAGAAACAGGUGUGAACUCUACCUUGAAGAUGAUGAAUUCAACUCAAUCUUUGGAAUGACUAAGGAAGAGUUUUAUAAAGAAAAGAACUGGAAGAGACUCAGAAUGAAGAAAGAAAAAGACUUGUUCUAA